UAUGAAGCACAGAGACACUGCAGAGAGAAAUAUACAGACCUGGCCAAAGUGUUUGACAUGACAGACAUGAGCAGACUCCGUAACUCCACACAGAAUCAAGGAGAAGCCUGGAUUGGACUGAACAACAACACAGGUGGAAACAGGACGUGGCAUUGGUCUCUGCCAGGAGUGGAAUACAUUCAAAAUGACAGCAGCUGGAAUCUGAGUGGAAGAGCAUCCUGGGAACCAUAUCCUGGGAACUGUGGGAGGAAAAGAUACGAUCAAGGAGAUAAAAAGCUAGCAGAUGUUUCUUGUGACACUGGUCUGUGGUUCAUCUGCUAUGAUGAAAUGAAGAAAGACAAGAAAACAUUUUAUUUGAUUAAGGAGAAGAAGAACUGGACACAGGCUCAGAACUACUGCAGAUAUAAUUACACUGACUUGGCCAGUGGACUCGAUCAGGUAGAUGGAGAAGAAAUGAAGGACCUGAUCAACUCUAAUGGCGAUUCCAUGAGUGUGUGGGUCGGUCUGUUCAGAGACAGCUGGAGGUGGUCAGAUGGGAGUGAUUUCUCUUUCAGAUACUGGGAUAUGGAGUUAUUCAAUGAUACACAAAGCAACAAGACAUGUGCUAUGACUCUGUUAAACAGAUCAGGAAAAUGGAGCUCUGAUGAAUGUGGCAAAGAAAAACCCUUCUUCUGUUAUGAUGAUAAAUUGAUCCUGAUCAAUGUAAACAAGACCUGGGAGGAGGCCUUGGAUUACUGCAGAAAGAAUUACAGUGACCUGGUCUCCAUCACUAACCCUCAAGAGCAGGGAUGGGUCCAAGACAAAGCCAAGAACGCCUCGAGUCCUUUUGUCUGGCUCGGUCUGCGCUACUCCAGCACUCUGGGUCUGUGGUUCUGGGUCAAUGACAAGCUGGUCUGUUAUGAGAAGUGGAGCAAAAAUGGUACGACUGAAGAGUGUGACGUGGCUGUGGGCAUGCAGAGAGGAGGACAGCAUGAGUGGUUCAGUCAGAGAAAAAAUGAGACAUAUAAUUUUUUUUGUUUAAAAUAAGACUUCAUUUAGACUAUUACAGACUUCAUUCUGGAGUCAAUUUCUUUGAUUCUGUAGUUUUCUGCUGUGUGAGUUUUUGGUGAUGAGAAAAAUUCAACUAAAAGAAAAACAAAACAAAAUCUAUAGUUGUAAACAGCACAAUAUUGAUAAAAUCUGAUAUUCACUGAAGAAAAUAUGGUUUCCUCAUUUUCCUCUUGACUAUCUGAUUCAGUGAUGUCAUAAUUACUUACUUUCGUCAUUACUGAUGCAUUAUUCCAUUAUUACAGUUUUGUUGUUGGAUGUCAGAAACAAAGUUUUGGUUUUUAUAUUUGUUUGUUUCUUUUUGACCGUUGUAAUCUUUUUGUCUCUGCACUUAUAUACUGGUCUUAGUGAUAAUAUUUCUAAUCUUUAAUGGUUAGUAAAUAUUAAAAACUAAUGCUACAAACCAGAGCAUGUAUAUUGUAAACUGUCACAAAAACCACAUAACUACUUUUUGUCAUAAUGAUGUCCUAUUUAAAGUGACAUGCUGUAAACUGAUGAUCUGUCUGUCAUGAUAAAUAAAUACUCAGUUGGAAGUGUAACAGUC